CGCCCCCUUUUCUUGGCCACGCCCUCAAACCGACGUGAUCACGCCCUCCCCCCUGCCGGCUCUGCUGACAGGAGGCGGUUGGCGGGAGCGGCGCGAGGGGAGACGGUGCGGGUGGGGGAGGAAGGGAGCUGGGCUCUCCCGCUGCUCUGCGCCGUUCAGCGGGGUGGGGAAUGCUGCUACAGGCGAGGCAGGUGUAGGCCUGGAUGAUUGUCCUGUGCUAUGGUCCAGUGCCAGGCAGAAUCUGGCAGUGAAAGACUGGAACGAUUUUUCUGAUCUUUGGAAACAUCUUCAGUCAUCUGUCAGGAACAAAGGCAAAGCAGAAAAUGGCUGAGCAGCCAAAACUACUUCGUAGACCUCUGCCUCCUAAGCUGCCAUCUAAACUGUCUGUACCAAGGGAGAAGGUUGGUAAAGCAGGCAGGGGUUUUGGACAAUACCGAGCUACAGUGACGAAGAGUACAAAUGAUAAAAAUGGAAAAGCUGUGUCUGACAGUUAUGCCAGUACUCAAGGGCAAGUCAAGCAGACAGAUGUUUCCUUCAGCCAUGGUCACAUUUCCCAGAAUCCGGUGAAAACCCAGCCCAAAGAUACAUUCCUGUCUGUUCAUCAGAUGUGCCAAAAUCAAAGACAAAUCCAACUGAAAGAUCUCCUUCAGUCUCAAUACCUGUCUGGUGGUAUCCAACCCCAGUCUGGCCAUAUUUCCUCUUGUCUAAUACAUUUCCAACACCAACAUGUACGUCAGCUUAAUCAACACAGUAAAUACGGGCAAGCACAGAUCCAGUCCAAAAUCACAGGUUUUCAUGGCGAAAGGGGAGGUUUAAUUCCCUCUGAAACAAGUUUCCUCACAGGAGACAUGAAUCAGAAGGGUGAUGUAGUUUUUAAGAACAGUAACUCUGCACAUUGGUCUUUAGGGGGCAAUACUGCAAGCCUGGUUGGUCAGUAUGAAUCUAUUCCUAUCUGGUCAAGCAGACCAAUGCCAAACCAAAGCAAAGUGAAAAAUGUGGUUUUUGCCCAAAUUCCUAGGAGAGAUUUUAUUCUUACUAAAAGUCCCAGUGGGCCUGAUUGCUUCUCAUUUUGCGAAAAUCAUAAAUUCUCUCAUGUGAAGGGUCAAAAAUUACAGAGCACUGGCCCUGCCCAUUGCACUCCUCCUGUGUUUACGCUGGAAAGUUUAGCUGCAGGUUCUUCUCACCAUCUGCCUUUGAAGACAACACUCAAAAAGCCGUUUGUUUCCCGCUACAACUAUGAAGUCCUCAGUAAUAAAUUAAUGACUGAAAACAGGAGUUCACAGACUGAAGUUAACACAGUGAUUUUGUCUGACAUUGCUUUACCUGCAGAUGAAACAAGAAAGCCUGAGCAGCAGAAGUUCCUAGAAAUGGCCUUGCAAGAGAAAACAAGAAAAUCUGAUAUACCAGAAAAAGUUUUGCAAGAACAAAAGAAAGAAAAAGCAUAUAUUAUACAUUAUGUAAAGUUAACUGAACCUGAUAGAGAAGAAGGACCCUUUUCAGAUGCUAAUGAUGUCCCUGACAGCAGUAGUGUGGAGUGUGACUGGGAAACCAGAUUCCAUUUUAUGGCAAGCAAGAAAGAUGAAGAGAAAAAACUGAUGUUCAGGUCCCAAGUAAAAGUAUGGCAUUGCUUCUUGAACAGGAAGACUGCUCUCAGCCUUCAGGCCUAUUUUUUGUUUCACCUUCCAAACCUGACCCCAUUGAUGGAUACUUUGGUCUGCCUUAACUUGUCAUUCAAUAAUUUACUCUUCUUUCCUAUGGAGGUGUUUAAUAUUAAAUCCUUACAAGUCCUUGUGCUCCGGAGCAACCCCAUCAGAAAAAUCCCCAAUGACAUUCACAGAUUGAAGUCACUGAAGAAAUUUACAAUUUCCUUUAAUUUGCUAUCAGAACUUCCAUCUGGCUUGUUUCUAUUAGAAGAUCUCUGGUACCUGGACAUUGCCUAUAAUUAUAUUAGCUAUAUUGCUAAUGACAUCAAGAACCUCAGAAAGCUUGAGUAUCUGAACACUGAAGGGAACCAGCUCUCUGCUUUGCCAUCUGGGGUUUUGAAUCUUCCACUAAAAUUCCUCAGAAUAGAAAAUAAUUUCAUACACCCUUUGUUAUGGAAUGAAAAGAUUCAGAACCAACCUCAGAAGCUGAUUCAUCUGGCUGCUCUCUGCUUCUCCAGAAAUAAUCUAAAGGAAAGAUACAACAACAUCACAGAAGAUAUUCAAAAGAUUUUGGAUGAUUUCAGUGUCUGUGACUGCUGCAGUGGACCUCGAUAUGGCAAAGGACUUCAGCUCAUCCAAAUGUACAGAAAUGUAUUUAAAUUUGGAAGGCUUCCUUUUUACUUCUAUGCCUGCUCACCAUCGUGCCAUAGAAACUUUGUGUCUCAGCCUGAAGCUUGAUGACAGUACUUUGUGAAAAGGUAUCUGGAUUGCAGAGAAACUGUGAAUGGGAUAAAAUAGUUCAGAAAUAUGAGAUCUUGUGUUGUGUCAUUCAGGUGGACAGCUUGCUGGUGUGACGGGAUCACUUGCUGUGACUCCAUCUUUCUUGAAGUUCUUUCAGUUCUGAAUGGUCUGCUUCAUAUCAGUGAAUUGUAUUGAGCUGUACUGAAAUGAAAUGCAGACUCAGCUCUAUGUAAAGUCAGUGAAGUUAGAUUUGACCCUGUGUUUCUCCCAGUGACACCUGACAAGGUAUCAGAUUCUUCCCCAUGGCUAGCAAUAAGCCGUUUUACAUCACUGUUCUUGUCAGUGCUUUAAGAAUGGAUAACUUUAUUCCUGAGCUACAUAUUACAUCCUU